AUGAGCCAACAACAAAAGAAAUCAUCAUCGGUUCAACAAUCAACAUCAUCAUCCUCUCAGAACAAACCUCAAGAAAAGAAGAAACUGGAUGCCCGUAUCAAGACAUUGAUUGAAAAUUGCGUAAAAACGAGACACCGAUCGUUUUUCGUGGUGGUAGGAAAUAGAGCAAGAGAACAAUUGGUGAAUUUACAUUAUAUGCUUGCAAAGGCUAGAGUAAAGACUUCACCUUCCGUUCUUUGGUGUUAUAAGAAGGAUUUGGGAUUUAUUGCUGAUGCCAAGAGUAGAAAUAGAACCAUCAUCAAAAAGUACGGAAAACAAGGAGAUGAUGAAGUACAAAAGCAUCUCAACACACCUUUCAAUUUGUUUUUGUCUGCGAAUGAUAUUCGUUAUUGCUACUUUAAAGAGACUCAAAACAUUCUCGGUAAUACUUAUGGAAUGUUAGUUUUGCAAGAUUUUGAAGGAAUUACUCCAAAUGUUUUGGCGAGAACUAUAGAAACUGUGGAAGGAGGAGGAAUGGUUGUUUUAUUGCUUCCUGAAAUGCAAUCACUGAAGCAAUUGUAUACAAUGACCAUGGAUGUUCAUUCUCGUUUCAGAACAGGUCAUGAAGAUGUAGAAAUUACAGCAAGAUUUAACGAAAGAUUUUUACUAUCUCUAGCUUCAUGUAAACAAUGUCUUGUUGUGGACGACCAGUUGAAUAUUUUACCAAUUUCUUCACACAUUAAGGAUAUUAAACCAGUGGUAUUGGAUGAAGAAGAGAGACUUGAAAACCACAUAUUAUCAACAAAAGAAAAAGAAUUACAAGAUUUGAAGCACAAACUUGAAGAACAUCAACCUCUCGGAACUCUAGUUUCUCAAGCAAAAUCUUUGGAUCAAGGCAAAGCAAUUCUAAAGUUUGUUGAUGCAAUUUCAGAAAAAACUCUCCAAACGACAGUAGCUCUAUUAGCUUCAAGAGGUAGAGGUAAAUCUGCUGCUCUCGGUCUUGCUAUUGCUUCCGCAGUUUCGUAUGGCUAUUCAAACAUUUUCGUCACAUCACCAAGUCCAGAGAACUUGAAGACUCUUUUCGAAUUCAUUGUCAAGGGUUUAGAAAGUUUGAAAUAUAAGGAUCAACAAGAUUUUGAAAUUGUUCAAUCUACAAAUCCUGCUUUUAACAACGCUGUUGUGAGAUUGAACAUUUUUAAAAAUCAUAGACAAACUAUUCAAUAUAUUCAACCUGAAGAUAGUCAAAAAUUGGGCCAAUGUGAGUUAUUGGUAAUCGACGAAGCUGCUGCCAUUCCUUUGCCUCUCGUUAAGAAAUUAUUAGGCCCUUAUUUGAUUUAUAUUUCAUCAACAAUUAAUGGUUAUGAGGGAACUGGACGAUCGUUGUCUUUGAAAUUACUAGAACAAUUGAAAGAGAAAGGACAAAAACAAUCAGGGAAAUUGGCUUCAGGUGCACGAAAAUAUUUCGAAAUCAAACUUGAAGAGCCAAUCAGAUACGGUGAGGGUGACAAUGUCGAACGUUGGCUUUACGAUUUACUCUGUCUAGAUGCCACAUCAGCUGUCCCAAUUACCUCAAAGUGUCCUCAUCCAUCAGACUGCAACUUGUAUUAUGUCAACCGUGAUACUCUUUUCUCUUACAACCAAGCUUCUGAAGCAUUUUUACAUAAUAUGAUGUCUUUAUAUGUUUCAUCUCACUACAAGAAUACACCUAACGAUCUGCAAUUAAUGUCAGACCAUCCAUCUCAUCACUUAUUCGUAUUAUUGGGACCUAUUGAUGAAAAUUCUUCCUCACUUCCUGAUAUUUAUUGUGUUAUUCAAGUAUGCAUGGAAGGUAAAAUCAAUAGACAAACAGUUCUUGCAAACUUAUCAAAGGGUCUAAAUCCUGGUGGAGAUUUAAUUCCAUAUCUUGUUUCUAGACAAUACCAAGAGUCAGAUUUUGCUGCUUUAUCUGGAGUACGAGUUGUGAGAAUUGCUACACACCCUGAAUAUAAGAGAAUGGGUUAUGGUACAAGAGCUCUUGAAUUGCUCACCAAGUAUUAUCAAAAUGAAAUUCAAAAUCUAGAUGAAAUUAUUGAAGAAGAGCAAACUCAACAAGUCACUGAAGUGAAAGCUGUUGGUCUUACUCAUGAAGAUAUCAAACCACGUAGUAAGAGUGAAUUGCCUCCAUUGUUGCAAUCACUUGAAGAGAGACCACCAGAACCCGUUCACUACAUGGGUGUUUCUUAUGGUAUGACUCAACAACUUUAUAAUUAUUGGAAGAAGAAUGGAUUUGCUCCUGUUUAUAUUCGUUUAACAUCUAAUGAAUUAACAGGAGAACACUCUUGUGUCAUGCUCAAGGCAUUGACAACUACUCCACCAGAGACUAGAAAAUGGCUGGAUUCAUUUGUUGAAGAUUUUAAGAGAAGAUUCCUUUCAUUACUAGCUUAUGACUUUUCUAAUUUCAAUGCAGCUCUCACAUUAAGUAUUCUUGAUUACAAGAUGGAAGACUCUGCUGCACUUGGCUCAAAGUCAUUGACUGUUGCUGAAAUGGAUCAGUAUAUUUCCAAGUUUGAUCUUAAAAGACUUACUUCGUACUCUAAAAACUUGGUUGAUUAUCACGUAGUGUUGGAUCUUCUUCCAACUCUUACUAGAUUUUUCUUCUUGAACAGGAUGCCUUUCAAUCUUUCGUAUGCCCAGGCUGCAAUCAUGAUUGGAGUUGGCUUGCAACAUAAGAAGAUUGAAGAUGUGGGAAAGGAUAUUGAUUUGCAAAGUAAUCAAAUUUUGGCACUUUUCAACAAGGCAGUUCGAAAGUUUGUCAAGUAUUUCAAGAUCAUAGACAAGCAAAGAUUUAUUUCAAAUCAUUCAAAGAAAUCAAAGGAUGACGAUGAUGAUGAACAAACCAUGAACAGUGAUGAUGAAAAUGAUGUUGAAAAUGAUAAGGGCAAUGUCGAUUUUGAUGAGCUUGACAAGAUGGACAGUGACGACGAGGAUGAAGAGAACAAUAAGAAGCCUGCAAAUAAGGAAAUUCUCGAUCUUUUCGAAAAACCACUCGAAGAAACUGACGAGCGAUUCUCAACACAAAACAAGAAGCGAAAGACCAUUGCCAAAGAACAACAAGAAGAACCUGAAAAGAAAAAGAAAAAGGAUGAUCCAAAGAGAAAAGAAUUUUUACAAGAAGUAAUCUCGAAAGGCGAAUAUAAAAUAACAGGUAUUUCAGAAGAGGAUAUUGAGAAAGGAAUCGAAGAAAGUGGUGGCCUUACAAGCUCGUCCAUCAGCGUAGGAACUGACAAGGCAAACACAGAGCCAAAGGAAGUGAAAAAGUACAUGCUCAAGAGUGAAAAGGAAAUUAAGCAAAUUGAAAAGCAAUACCAAAACAAGUUUUUCAAGAAGGGAGGAAAGAAGAAGCGUCAAGUGAAGCAUUAA